GCCGCCUCCCCCUCCCCGGCGCCGCCGCCCCCUCCCCGCCCGGCCCGGCCCCCAGAGCGGCCGCGGAGACCCCAGACCCGAGCGCGGCAGGCGGAGUCCGCACGAAGUAAAUCAGAAUGAGUUACACAGAAAAACCCGAUGAAAUCACGAAAGAUGAGUGGAUGGAAAAACUCAAUAACUUACACGUCCAGCGAGCAGACAUGAACCGCCUCAUCAUGAACUACCUGGUCACAGAGGGCUUUAAGGAAGCAGCAGAGAAAUUUCGAAUGGAAUCUGGGAUUGAACCUAGUGUUGAUCUCGAAACACUUGAUGAGCGAAUCAAAAUCCGGGAGAUGAUCCUGAAAGGCCAGAUUCAGGAGGCCAUCGCGCUGAUCAACAGCCUCCACCCAGAGCUCCUGGACACAAACCGGCACCUUUACUUCCACCUGCAACAGCAGCACCUGAUCGAGCUGAUCCGCCAGCGGGAGACGGAGGCGGCGCUGGAGUUCGCGCAGACGCAGCUGGCUGAGCAGGGCGAGGAGAGCCGGGAGUGCCUGACGGAGAUGGAGCGCACACUGGCACUGCUGGCCUUCGACAACCCGGAGGAGUCGCCCUUCGGAGACCUCCUGAACAUGAUGCAGAGGCAGAAGGUGUGGAGUGAGGUUAACCAAGCUGUCCUGGAUUAUGAAAACCGUGAGUCAACACCCAAGCUGGCAAAAUUACUGAAACUCCUCCUUUGGGCUCAGAAUGAGCUGGACCAGAAGAAAGUAAAAUACCCCAAAAUGACAGACCUGAGCAAAGGUGUGAUCGAGGAGCCCAAGUAGAGUCUGCAGCGAGCCCCGCACGGGGCUCGUGACGGCGCCGUCUGGGCCCAGGACCUUCCCGCAGCAGAGAACUCUUACCCCCUCACUCCUCUCUGACCCAGCACCGUCUCUAAAGGGGAAACCGGCCCUUGGAAGCGCAGGAAAGCGCGUGGUGAAAGACGCUGUCUCCCCGGAAGGCUGGCGCCUGCCCUGCGCCGCGGGUGCGUGGGGCGCCUGGCUCCUGCAGGGCUUCUCCGGCCCCCAGGGCCCGGCCGCUGGGGCAGGAGCAGCACCGCUGGGGGUCUUGCUUCCUGGGGGCGCAUAGGCAGACAGUGCGCUUUCUUCGUUCUCCCAAGUCUCGUCAGGCCUUCGUGUAGAGGUUUUUCCUUACCCGCUUGGUUUUUCGUUUGUUUCUGUUUUUUCAUAGGAAAGACUGUAAGUUUGUAAA